CUGAGAGUGGGAACGACCGGGACGGCUCAAACAAUUCUUGGACCUGCCUUCCUGUCUCUUGUUUUAUUUUCGACCCAACCCUUUUAGUUUUCAGUAUUUACACAGUCGCUGGAGAACAACGUUGAAAGUCUGCUACUUUUCUCCUCUCCUUUGAGUCUUAAAUGAAAAUUUAUUGUCCUCCGUAUUCAAAUUUGUUAUGUUCGAGUAGCGAGUUAUUUCUUCAGCGGCCGCAGCCAUUCAUUUCAACCAUCGCAGAAGCUUGAAGGCUUUUACUACUGCUCAUUUAAUCACGCAACUUGAUCAGAUACUCAAACGGAUCCUGAGAUUUUCAAAGCUAAUGAAUCAAAAUUCAUAAUUUGAGUCUCAGGCAACUCUGGUUUUUCUUAUUCGGUCGCAGAAGCUGAUGAUUUUCCUGUCUGCUCAAAUAUAUACCAGUUCAAUUUGCAUCCCGCAAUGUUUCAUUACCGGAGAAGUUUCUCUAUUCUUCUCACACUCUUCGUGAUUUGCUCUACAAAAGCCGAAAACCAGACCACAUGCCAGACCAAGUGCGGAGACAAUUCCUUGCCGUAUCCUUUUGGGUUCUCUGAUGGUUGCCAAAUCCAACUGAACUGCAGCCUCAGCAAUAACCAAAUGCAAAUUAGGGAGUUUGUGGUUCAGAACGUAACGUCUAGCAGCAUAUUCAUCCAUCUCCUGGCGAAGUGCAACCGCACCCUGCAAUCCAUUGGGCCCCUUUUCUCUGCUAACUUUGCUCCCACAGAGAACAACAGCCUCCUCGUGCAAAAUUGCACAUCUGCUCUUGGCGGCUGCGUUAUACCCACCUCAAGUUUUAUGAGCAAUCAGAUAAAGUUGGAUGGCUGUGAUAACAGAAGUGAUAAUAUAAGUUGCUUAACGCGAAGCCAAGGCCAGGAAGCUUUUGAUGUUCUGAGAUUUGAGGAUGUGAUCCAAAGUGGAUGCAAGUUCUUGUUCUCGUCCAUAGCUGUUGACCAGAGGAAAGAGGACCCAGAUGUUUCUCUGCAGUUUCAAAUGCUAGAGCUGGGGUGGUGGCUUGAAGGCCCGUGCCAAUGCUCUCCCAGUGCCAAGUGUACAAAUGUCACCGUGGCCCCCGGAAAGCUUGGAUAUCGGUGUGACUGUCCUCAAGGUUAUCUUGGAGAUGGGUUCUUGAAUGGCACCGGUUGCCGGAGACCAGUUUCUCAGUGCAACGCUUCGACAGUGACCUCUGGAGGAUGUGGAGGAGCAGUUAAAGUCGGAGUUCUUGUUGGAGGGAUCACCGCUGGAGCGUUGAUAGUAGCAAUUCUGUGUCUCCUAGGUUAUUAUGUACGACGCCGUUCCUAUUGUUUGAAGAAGCAAAUGACUGUAAAGCGCCUGUUGCGUGAAGCUGCAGGCAACUCUAGCGUUCCUUUCUAUCCUUACAAAGACAUAGAGAGAGCCACUAAUUUUUUCUCAGAGAAACAGAGGCUUGGAACUGGGGCUUUUGGUACAGUUUAUUCAGGGAAACUCCACAAUGAUGAUUUGGUCGCCAUUAAAAAAAUAAGACAGAGAGACCCCAAUAGUGCUGACCAAGUCAUGAAUGAAAUCAAGCUCCUUUCUUCUGUGAGUCACCCAAAUUUAGUUCGUCUACUGGGCUGCUGCAUUGAAGAGGACGAGCAAAUACUUGUUUACGAGUUUAUGCCCAAUGGAACUCUGUCUCAGCAUUUACAGAGAGAGAGCGAUAAAGGGCUUCCAUGGACAAUUCGGCUCACUAUCGCCACCGAAACUGCUAAUGCUAUAGCAUAUCUCCAUUCCGCCAUUGACCCUCCAAUCUAUCACAGGGACAUAAAAUCCACCAAUAUUUUGCUGGAUUACAACUUCAACUCCAAAGUGGCCGACUUUGGGCUUUCCAGGCUUGGCAUGACCGAAAUAUCACACAUCUCAACCGCCCCACAAGGGACUCCAGGCUACGUGGAUCCUCAAUAUCACCAAAACUACCAUCUUUCUGAUAAAAGUGAUGUCUACAGUUUUGGAGUGGUUUUAAUAGAGAUAAUAACAGCCCUCAAAGUGGUUGAUUUUGGUCGACCUCAUAAUGAGGUUAAUUUGGCUGCACUCGCAGUCGAUAGAAUCAGGAGGGGCUGUGUGGACGAGAUCAUAGAUCCCUUCUUAGAGCCGCACAGGGAUGCUUGGACGCUCUAUUCUAUUCACAAAGUAGCUGAGCUUGCAUUCAGAUGCUUAGCUUUUCAUAGCGACAUGAGGCCUACUAUGAUGGAAGUGGCAGAGGAGCUAGAGCACAUCAGACGCAGUGGCUGGGCAACUAUGGAGGAAGCCAUAUGCACGGCAUCGUCGGUUGGGUCGGCCCGUUCAUCAUUACCAGAUAAAAGCGAGAAAUCGUUUAGUGAUGUUCAAGGUGAUAAAGAACGAGUAGAGAGUGAGAGAUUGAGUGUUCCAGAGAGGGCAGAGGUGAGGGAUAGUUCCCCUGUAUCAGUGCACGACCCUUGGUCAAGUGGACAUAGCUCGUCUUCAACGAAUAGCUUGUUGGGAAAUGCACCUCCAUGACCUACUCUUCAGCUGCAGUUUGUACUAACAAGCCAAGGUCCAAUAUAAAAUACCACCAUUUAUUUGGAUCAGCAAAAUGUUCAUACCAAAGACCACAACUAGUACCUGAUUGCCUAUGUAAAGGGAAGCCUCAAAUGACAUGCACAUCUUUUUUGUUCUUUUAAUUCGUCAUCUUAUAAAAAUCUUUCAACCACUUCUAUUUAUAAACAAAACAGACUUAUAAACGGCCAAGAUCCACACUUGAGAUGUA